AUGCAGACAGUAGGAUUGUCUCAGACUCAAUUGCAGGCUGUGCAAGACGUUCGUCCACCUUCUGGUUUUAUUGGAAGUUUGGGACAGCUUGCAUCUCAGACAUCCAGGCCUCGUAAAAGUGUGAAGGUCUAUGAGAGUAUCCCAACACCUUCAGAGGAUGAAGAAGAAGAGGAGGAAUUUGCUGGUAGUGGUCAAGAAUUCAUGUUGAGGGAAGAAUACUAUGCUCAGGCCGAGCAACAGGAGGAAGAUGACGAUCCUGAGGCAAGCAUCGACCUAGAGGAUGACCAUCCACCUACCCUCUUGCACCCACCUAUUGUGACACAGCACUUUGCUGGGGAGGAGGAUGAACUCUUCUCUUCACCUGUAGCACCAAGACUGCUUGGAAAUCUGAACGAGGGACAGAAUCUGAAUGAAAACUAUGGUGCAAUUUUUUGCUCUUAUCAGCAAAAUGAGUCAAUCUUCAAUGGAACGAUGGUUUUGCCACAUCCCAUUAGGUUUCUGCUGCCAAGUGACAGUACACUGUCGAUAUUGCAGAUGGAUGCAUGCAGAGACCCUGAUUCUCCAUCUCCACUUCCUCAACAACCACCACAAGGACAUAAAAUCUGUCCAAUUGAUUUCUCUGGAAGAAAAAGAGUUGAACAUUUGCAGUUGGUAUUUGAACAGGCUGGUAUGCAGGGUCUCCCAUUACCAUCCACUCAACCUUCAUCUGCAGGUCCACCAGUUCAACAACUGCCAUCUGCAAGGCCAAUGAAGUUGGGAUAUCUAUGGUCUGAGUCACCCUACUACCAUGCUCACUCCCAUCCAUCUUCAGCCACCUCCAUCAGUCAUUCUACUGCUCACAGAACCUCCCAGGAACAUCCACCAAUGGAAAGGCCUACAGAUUUGGGCUCUACCACAGCAUUUGCAACAUCCUACCCAAGUCUUGCUGGUCAGCUUAUAGCUAAUGGAAACAUCCAACCAUUGAAGGGUGUAGCUGGGCAUUCUAAAAGUCCAAGCCAGCCUGCUGUGCCUAUGCUUCAGGUGACAGCCCCUUCACCUAUAACUCCAGUAGCUACUAGGAACCUCAAUCAGUUCUCAUUCAACACCAGUGUCCUAAGUACACCAGCUGGCACCUAUCUUCAUCCUUCCACUGCUCACGAUGAGGCAUCCUCCAUAGAGACCAGUGAUGGCUUUGAAGCACUGAAUGAUGUUCUGAUGGAUGUUCCGACAGAGUCAGGCAUACUACCUGACAAUGCAUCUGAGGUGGAAGACAAGCCUUCACCACGUUCAGGGGUUGAAGCUGAAUUGUCUGAACCCCAUUGCACUGGUCGUUUGCAGGCAGAGACUGUCUCUCACAUUGAGAAAGCUGCCAAUCAGAUCUGGCAAGUUAUCAAGAAGACAACAAAGAUCAAUGCUGCCAUUCAACCAUCACACAUUAUCAACUGUGCAUUCCCAACUGUUAUCACCCAUAAAAUGUUGUACUGGAAUGUCUUCCUUGUGAACAAUUUCAAGGAGUCUUUCCCAAAUGAUGAGUGGAAGGGUAUUCUCAUAGAAUAUGCCAAAGUUAUGGACCUCAAUGCAGGGCAGAGAACAUGUGGAAAGUGCCAGUCAGUCUUCAAGAAUACAUUUCAAGAGCUUGCAAAGCAGGAUGGGUUUGAGGCCAUCAUGGCUGUUGUUGGCACUAAUCCAAAGGACAAUGGACCUUCCAUGGUAGUAUUCCAUGAGACCGGCCUUGCAAAAGGGUUUGCAGAUCAGAAACUACAUCUGAAAAAUGAUUGGGCCACUACACACCUUUGGGCAUAUGUUCAAAACCAGAAAUCAGACAGUGUAGUCAGCUUGCAUCAACAGAGAGAGCUGCAGCAUGAGCAGGAGAUCACAAGUCCUAGUGGUUCUGACAUUCCCACUUCUGUUGAUGGUGAAGCUCUCCUACCAUAUGAAGAACCUCCCACUGCUAUGACCACUGUCACAAAGGAUGCAGGCAAAGCAAGAGAGAUUUUCUCAACCUACAAGCUGUACAGGCCAGAUAAUGCAAAAUCGGCACAUCUUUCCUAUACUGUCAACUUUAGUGCAUUACUGGAAAAAGUGUCAUUUAAUGGCUUGACAGUGCACCAUGAUGUCCUAAUUUGUGGGGGAGAUGCUCUGCCUAUAACACAGGAUGGCUAUCCUGAUUACAGAUCAUGCCCCUGGAGACAUUUGGGUAAAUCACUGCAGGAACACAACAUGAUUCUCACUGGCUGGCCACCAAUGGUACCGCUUCCUAUCAAUGACAAAAUGGAUCUCAUGUAUCUAAACAAAAAAGCCCCUACCGGCCAUCAAGAUGCCAAUGCAUACGUCUUUGUAUGCAUGGCUAUAAAUAUCAGUACAAAUACAUAUCAUGAAGGCGUGUACUGUGCAGAGAUAGAGACAUCGCACUCUUGGACUGUGCAAGCAGCAGUACCAAAGCCUGCUCCAAUGGAUUCCAAACAAAUGCACACAAGGCAGAAUACUAAGAAUACAAACAAGCAGAAAGAUGGCACUGACCCAAAGCUCGGCAAGAAGAGGGUCGCAUUCGAAGAACCAGUGAAUGAUACUGAUGUCGAGCCUGAAGGACAGAAGAAGAGGAAGAGCCAUGGAGCCAAGAAGCAGAAUGCCACAGUGGUGCCAACCCAAGGCAACAUUGGCAACAUAUGGACAGCUCAGUCCCAGCCAGACAAGGCAAACCAAGGACUAUCUGAGAAUGUCAGGGAGUGUCCAAGGCCACAUCCAGCUUACAAGCAGACUAUGACAACUGGACAGACUGUGAUGACCAGACAAAUCGGUGCUGUAUCAGGCUCUUCUGCACUUCAAGACAGUGAGAUGGACCCCUUCUACAGCAGUCCCUAUGAGUUUCAAGAUCUUCCAGGCAGCGGAUACAUAGAGGUCAAUUCAGAUGACAAGCACUUGACUCAAACAGAACCUGUAUUGAAUCAUGUGGCAUGGGGAAAUGCAGUGUAUGCUAAUAUUGGAUGGUACUCUGGCACCUCAUAA